AUGGCCUCCAUACCGGCAUCAAACAUUUCCGAUCGACCAUUUCGAGGCGAAUGGACAGCAACUGCGUUGGUGGUCAUUCUUUGCACUGGUAUAUCCAUCAGCAAUGCCAUAGAGCUAUUGCUCCUGGUCCUCAUAACCUUCAAAAGACGAAGUGGACUUUACUUCUGGAGUUUGUUCAUCACCUCGUUCUCGGUUCUGCCUUACAGUGUUGGAUUCUUUAUUGCAUACAUUAAAACUGGCCCUCACUUGCUUGGCGAUAUCCUCAACAACAUUGGUUGGGCGAUUCUCAUAACGGGCCAGUCGAUAGUCCUCUACUCACGACUUGGGCUGUUACUACAGUCCAAGAAGACUCUAUGGAACCUGCUCAUCUUCAUUCUGGUCAACGGCUUUGUGCUCUACACCACAACAACCAUUCUUCAUUGCGGAACAUACCAUCCAAACACCAGCAUCGCAGCGCGCUUCCUCGAUGGGAUCCACAUCAUGGAAAAAGUUCAGAUGACGCUCUUUUGUAUCCAAGAGUUCUAUAUAUCUGGCCUGUACAUUCGAGAAGUAUGGCGGCUCUCCAGGGUAUUGGAGAAAGGAGGCAGAGGACGACGCACAAUGUGGGAACUUGGGGUGAUAAACAUUGUGAUUGUGGUGCUUGACAUUGCCUUGCUGGCUUUAGAAUAUCUUGGCUUUAGUAUUCUGGAGCAGGUGUUCAAGGGUGUGGCGUACAGCUACAAGCUGAAGAUGGAAUUCGCUAUCCUUGGAAAGCUGGUUGAUGUCUCUGGUGUCGGCGAGGGGAGACAUCUGGAUGAUCCCAGUAACAGCUGGGGCGAUGAAUCUUUGAGAGGCGUAAAUGGAAACGGAAGCUGGCCUGGCAAGAGGCAUUCAUGUGCCAAGUCUGAGGUGGAGCAUGUUGCAUUGGCGUGA